UGUAUGUACAAUAACCUUUUAAGUCUUACGUUUUUCUCUGCCUAUACUUUUCGUCCACGCUACGACAGACAUCUCGGUUUUUCCGCGAGUUCACCGAAAUUUUAAAUAUGAACGUGACGAAAAAGCAAAAAUCAGUGAUGUUAAAUUAUAUGAAAGACAACCCCGAUUUUGCGAGGGAUCGCUUGCGAUAUAAUGGUGCAAAUAAGAAAAUAUUAGAUGACAUGUGGUCGAAUAUAACAAAUUCGUUGAAUUCAAUUGGAAGUGGCCCACAGAAACAACCAAAAGAGUGGCAAAAGACAUGGAGAGACUGGAAAGCCAAUGUAUUAAAGAAGUGUACGCAGAACAAAAGUUAUGCUAUGGGUACAGGUGGAGGACCUCUUAAAACCAUUGCGUUAACUCAACUUGAAGAAGAGUUAAUGGAGAUUUUAAGUCCCGAAGCUAUUGGUUUGGACAGUAUACCUCAAGGUGGCUCUUUUAAUAGGAUUAAAGAGAAAAAAUCUUCCGAUACCAUCUCUCCACAAGAAGAAUCUUUACUUAGAAAUGUGCAAAGAGUGCAAGCUAGUAGAAUAAAAGAAGUACAUACCAUUCCUACAUCUACACAGACAAAAAGGAAAUGUACUUCAAUAUUGAUAAAUGCUGCCAAAAUACAAAAGGGGACAGAAGGAAAGAAUCCGAUCUCAUCAACGUGUUCGAGUACAGUUGUAUCUAAUGACAUUGUUGAUCUUUCAUUCGACUUAGAUUUUGAACCAAAGGAAAUAGAACCACCAGAAGAAUAUUCUAGUUUUUCCGAUACUGACACGAUCAAUGAAUACCAAAGAAUAAAUGCAUUGACUGACGAAAAUAGAAAAGCAUUGCCAAGUGUCACGAUCGAUUGCAUACCUGAGCAUCGUACGCAACAGAACAAAGCUAAAGACAGAAAUGAAAAUUGUGCAAGAUCAGCUGUACAAUUAAUGCGAGAAAAAGUCGAGGUAUUACAAGAACAAGGUGCGUUUAACAAGAAAACUCAAGAACGUCGAAAUGAAAUUGAAGAGGAAAAGUUGAAGAUUUUGAAAGAAAACAUAGCUUUAAAAAAACAAAAGUUUCAGUUCCUUCAGACUAGUCAUUCAGAAUAUAAAGAUACAUUGACUAAUAUUGAUGAUAAUUUAUUACGUUUAAUAGAUGAAGUUGAAAAAGUUGUGCCUUCUUAUUUAACAUAA